UAAAAAACGGACAGAAAUAUUAGCCAAUCAGGUGGCGCUAUGUAGGGUAUGGGUGGAAACUCGUAACAUCAGGGAAGUGAAAUGUUCAACUUAGCGGAGGCAAAGCAAGAGAACUGUUUUUAUGGAAGCCUCUUAUGGGAAUUAGUCACACAGCAGUACUGUACUGGUUGGAUUACACAAGCUAGUGCUAGCGUUGUUGUUGUAAGUUGUUGUUAACUCAACUAGGGUGUUAUUAGAAGCUUAGAUAUAGCGUUACGAAGAGGGAGAAGUAUUACGACAUCAACCUGAGCUUCCUGAACUGAAGUCAAGCUAGGUAACCUAAACCUACAGCCGCAGAGGACGCCGAAGGUGAAAAACAAAGCUCAGGAAAAGGUUAACCGACAGUGAGACGUUGUAAGCUAUUCUUAUAAGACGAACCGCAUUAAGUUUUGGUACAUCUUAACCGAGUUUCGCCAUGUCUCUGGCCGACCAGAGCCAGCAGUGGUUCCCUACGAGUGUACAGGUAACGGUGCAUCAGGCUCGGAACCUGCGUGUCAAGGGCAAAAAUGGCACCAACGAUGCCUAUGCCAUCAUCCAGGUGGCCAAAGACAAGUUUUCUACCUCUGUGGCAGAGAAAUGUGUCGCUCCAGUGUGGAAAGAAGAGGCUUCGUUUGACCUGCCACUUUUCCACCCGGGAAACACUGAGCGCUGUACACUGUAUGUCAUAGUAAUGCACCGUGCCCAAGUGGGGCUCGACAAGUUUUUGGGUCAAGCUGUGGUAAACUUACUGGAUCUUCAUGACAACAAGUCUCGCAAAAAGACAGAUUGGUUCAAGCUGGUGGACAAGACCGGAAAAGAGGACAAGGUUCGAGGGGAGGUGAUGCUAGACAUACAAUUUAUGAGAAACAACAUGUCAGCUAGCAUGUUUGACCUUUCUAUGCAAGACAAGCCACGCUCCCGCAUCUCUAAGCUAAAGGACAAAGUCCGUGGGAAGAAAAAGGAUGGCUUCUCUGACUCUGUUUCAGCUAUUGUUCCCUCUGUCAGCCAGGUCCUCACCGACAGUGAGGGAGAGGCUGAUGCACAGUCACUCAAUCAGUCUCCAGGAGUGAAAAAGAAAUCAAAGCUCAAAUCCCUCUUUGCUCCCAAGUCAAACUUGCAGCGCAACAUCUCUCAGUCCAUGUCUACACUGGGGACUCUUCCCGAGAAGAACUCAUCUCUCAGUGGCAGCCGCUCAUCUGGACUCAAUAUAGACUCUCCUGAAGUUAAGAAGAAAUUCAAAUUCCUCGGACACAAGCGAACAGGCAGCUCUGACAGCAAGGUGUCUCAGGGUCCUUUCUCUCUUCUGGGUCGCUCCAAGCAAAGCAACAGUGACCUGAACAACCUGUGCAUCAACGGCAGCCAUGUGUACGCAGAGGAGGCAGAGCCCAAGAGUGGAUCUACACUCAGUCUGAACAGUUCAGGACAAGGGUCUGUGGAGGAUGUCCGCAAACACACCUCUGAUGCCUCUGCAGAUUCCCUUAGAAGUGCACCUGUCCCCGUCUACAGACGUGAGUCAACAGAUAGAGCUAUACUGGAGCAACAGCGCCAUCAAGAGGAGGAGGAGAGAAGGCAGGCAGAAGAAAGACGCAUGGCAGAGGAAAAGAGGCUGGAGGAAGAGGAGAGAUACAGGGCAGAGGCCAAGAGAUUGCAGGAAGAAGAGGAGCGCAGAUACCAAGAGGAACAGGGGAGGAAGAGACGCUUAAUUGAGGAUGAAGCAAGGAGGAAGAAACAGAAGGAGGAGGAGGAAGAGAGAAGAAAGCAAGAGGAAGAACGCAGGAUAGAAAAUCAGAGGCUUGAGGAGGAACGUAGCAAAGCAGAGGAGCAGAAACGACAGGAAGAGGCCUCCAUGAGCGACAGGCUGUCAUCCCUGUUUGGAAUGAUCAGAAAGAAGGAGGAGAAAAAAGAAGAGGUACAGCAGCAUUCGAAAGAGGAGUUACCUACACCAGCUCCUCGCAGUGACUCAAGAGAUUCUGAUCAACCGAUCUCUCACCACCCCACCAACCCGUUUGAGGACAUUCCCCUCAGCUCAGAUCUUAGAGUUAGCAGUAAUGAAAGCCCAGCUGAUCAUCAGAAAUCCAGCCACAACCCACAACCCCCAUCUGCCAUGGUCUUCCUCAACCGCACUGCUAAAGUGUCUGCAGUCAAACCCAGGCCUCAUCCUGUGAAGCCUCUGACCCCAGUUGAGAGCCAGCAUGCCACCAGCACCCAAGCUGUGAAAGAGAUUAAGGUCUGGGACAGCACACCAGGGAAGAUUAAGGUGGCAAACUCAGGUGAAAGUGGACCUUACACUCAGCUGACCCAGGAAGAGUUGAUCACACUGGUGGUGAAGCAGCAAACAGACCUGUCCAGGAAGGACGCCAAGAUCGUUGAGCUUGAAGAGUACAUCGACAACCUGGUGCUCCGCGUAAUAGAGGAGAAACCCAGUAUCCUGCAAGCCAUUAACCAUGCCAAGCCAGUGUAAGGUUACGGCUACUGGAAGGAGAGAGUCACGCUUAAGGACUCAGUUCUGUUUUUUGUGUGAGUUUGUACUUUAGUCACUGUGUACUGAGAGACACGAUCUCAAUGAAGGUCUUAGGGCAUAUGCACUUUUUUAGUUUCAGAGCCAAAUUUGUUUGAGAAUGCUGGAAAAUGGCCUCUGAACUAAUAAUACUUUGUGAUGACUUAAUAACAAGCAAGUAAAAAUCUUUAUGUAAGCAAAUUAAUGUAUUUCUUUUGACACUAAGGUACUGGAAUUUGCUUUAAAAAAAACUUGUUAAAUGAAAGUAUAUUCAACAUCUUGGUUUAUAUACCACACUUGAUGACACUUGUGUUGAACUUUAUUUAAUACACAUACAAUGCAUAGAAACGUAUAGUUUUCUUAAACUAUUUUCUGGCCUUUUUUUUACUCUUUACACUGGGCUUUGUGUAACUUACUACUGUGUGAUGCAUGAUCACAUACAUAACCUUAUACAUACAUAACCUUGGAGUGCAUUACUGCAGAUAGCAACUAUGAAUUCUGACCUUAUCAGCUAAAUCAAGAUUAAGAACAUUUAUAUAACAAGUGCACAUUGACUUUUGCCUCUACCACUGAAGUCUUAUUUUUUUUUCUUUUUUUCUUUUUUUUUUUUGUCGAUCCUUUUAUUAUUUUUUUUACCAGGCAGUUAACUACAUUCCUCACCUGUUUUACCCACCACAGUUGAAUGUCAGCUGGUUGUCCAGUCCUUAAGAAGAUAUUGUGCCUACUUUUGCUUCAAGGAGGUGUCAUUUAGAAUACCAGCAAUUAAUAAUAGCAAGCAGCUACUAUAUACUGUACAUUUUUUGAAUUACACGGCAGUUACAGCAGUUUUUUUCCUUUAUGUGGUUGUAAUGUAGCCUGUGCACAUAGAUGAAAAUAAAAUAUUAUGCAAGCAAUAGUACAGAUAGAAUCAAACUAUUCUAAUAAUAAUGUAAGAUUUUGAUCACUGUGAUGUUUGUGUUGUAUUUAUAAAAUAAAAACCGAGAGAUGAUCAAAAACAAAUCAUCAGAGGAAGAGUAAAUGACUCAGUAUCAGUAAUACCCAGCCUUGUCUUUGUAUUUAAACUACACUAAUGAAUGAAACCUGCAUCUAUGCCUUUACAUGAUAAUACUGUUUGAUGUCUUGGCAGAAAUUAUAGCAAUAUUAAUCUUUAGAAUGUACAGACCUGUGCCUUCAAAACCUUUUUCAUGACUUCUGUUUGCUGGAUGGAGAAAUGUCGGCUACCUCUCUUCUUUUUCUGCAGAAUGGUCAGCCUGAUGUAUCAAGUGUCUGACAUUAAGAUAAUACUACAGUCAAUGUAAAACUGCUGAAAGGAGUGAUGCUGAGCAAAAAUGUGGUUUUAUUUGAAAUAAAGACACUAAU